AUGGCGAAUGACAGCUACGAUGUGGUUGUGGUGGGUGCAGGCUUUGCCGGAAUCUACCAAUUGUACAAACUUCUGGAAUUGGGCUUUUCCGUGAAGCUGAUUGAGAAGGGAAGUGGCCCAGGAGGAACGUGGUACUGGAAUCGAUAUCCUGGCGCCAUGAGUGACACGGAAUCAUUCGUCUAUCGCUAUUCCUGGGAUGUGGAAGACCUUAAAGAAUACCCGUGGUCCCGGUCAUACCUGCGCCAACAAGAUGUUCUUGCUUAUCUAGAGCAUGUGGUUGAACGAUACAACCUUGGAAAGUACAUGCAGUUCAAUACGGAGCUAUUGGGAGCGGACUAUGACUCCGUCAAGAACGUCUGGAAGGUCGAGACCGACAAGGGCCAUUUCACCUCUCGCUACUUGAUCACUGCUCUUGGCCUCCUUUCUCGUCCAAACUGGCCAAACAUACCAAAAAUGCAAGAUUACAGGGGUCUCAAAUAUCAUACAGCGGAGUUUCCCAAGGAAUACGACCUGAAGAAUAAGAAAGUCGGCGUCAUUGGCUGUGGCUCGACCGGAAUCCAGCUCGUCACAACGAUUGCGAAGGACGUGCAACAUUUGACUUGCUUCAUAAGACGUCCUCAAUACAGCGUGCCUGCUGCCGACCGAGCGGUGACGAAAGAGGAACGCGACCAACUCAACGAGAACUACGAAAACAUCUGGGACCAAGUCAAAUCAAGCUUCACCGGCAUGGGAUUUGAAGAAAGCAAGAUCUCGGCCCUGAGUGUCUCGGACGAAGAGCGGCAAAGAAUAUAUCAAGCAGCCUGGGAGAGGGGAAAUGGUCUACACUUCAUGUUUGGGACGUUCAACGAUCUCGCAGUCAACGAAGCUGCAAACAGAACCGCUUGCGACUUUAUCCGCAACAAAAUCGACUCGAUUGUGAAAGACCCCGAGAAGGCACGGAAAUUGAAGCCUACGGAGCUCUUUGCACGCCGUCCCUUAUGUGAUACUGGAUAUUACGAGACAUUCAAUCGCGACAAUGUCGACAUUGUGGAUCUCAAAGCCACCCCGUUGGAGGAGUUCACAGCUACAGGGCUCAAGACCUCUGAUGGAGUCAAUCACGAGCUCGACAUCGUGAUCUGUGCUACUGGUUUCGACGCUGUUGAUGGCAGUUAUAAAAGACUGCGUAUCAGAGGCCGAGACGGCAAGAGCUUGAAUGAUCACUGGGGAACUGAGCCCUGCUCAUACUUGGGCUGUUCCAUUCCUGGCUUCCCAAAUUUCUUCAUGGUCAAUGGGCCAAAGUCGGUCUUCUCUAACAUCCCUCCUGCUGUCGAAGCUCAUGUAGAAUUCAUCUCAAACCUGAUAGCACAUGCGGAGGAGCGUCGCCGCAAUACAAUCAAUGGGAGCUCCGGCGAACGGCGAGUGGAGGUGGAGGCUACGGAGAAAGCUGAGGACGAUUGGGAUCAAGUUUGCGACCAGGUCAGCACCACCAACUUAUUCAGGCAAACCGACUCCUGGAUAUUCGGGACAAACGUCGAGGGAAAGAAGAAGUCGGUUCUCUUCUUCUUAGGUGGACUAGCUGCGUUCAGACAGCACCUUCACGAGGUGGCGGAAGCUGGGUACAAGGGAUUCAAGCCAUUUUGA